GUUUUGUGGAAGCGGCCAAUCACCGGGCGAGAACGCGCCUGAUCGACAGCGGCGCAGGCCAAUCCGGGCCAGGAGUCCGGGCUCUGGACGACGCCCAUUGGCGGGUUGGACGGAGAGCCCACGCCAAUCGCCGAGGAGUGGAAUGACGACGGUCUGGAGCCAGGCGAGGAGGCAGUGAGAGGCACCACACCGCCAGCCCCAGCCCCCAUGGAGUUCCCGGAGCACGGGCGGCUGUUGCUGCAGAGCCUGCGGGAGCAGAGGCACCAGGGCUUCCUGUGCGACUGCACGGUGCUGGUGGGGCCGGUGCAGUUCCAGGCGCACCGCGCCGUGCUCGCCACCUUCAGCACCUACUUCCACAUGUUCUACAAGGAGGAGGCAGCGGCGGCGGGCAAGCGGGAUGUGGUGGAGCUGGACGACGAGAUCGUCACGGCGCCCGCCUUCUCCCUGCUGCUCGAGUUCAUGUACGAGGGCCGGCUGCGCUUCUGCAGUGCCCCGACCGAGGACGUGCUGGCGGCCGCCAGCUUCCUGCACAUGAACGACAUCGUCAAGGUGUGCAAGACGCGGCUGAAGGCGCGGGCGAUGGCCGAGGCGGACAGCACCCGCAAGGAGGACGAGGCGCUGGUGGGCGCCUCCGGUCCCGGGGCGUCCCACCUCUCCGCGUCCUACAGUGGCGUGGUCCCUGCCCGCCUCCCGGUCCCCGAGGCGGCCCGCAGCGAGGAGACGGCGGCGGCGUCGGUCUUCCAGCCCGGGGCCGAGCACCAGUGGCCCUCGGAUCCGGCUGACACCACCCAGCCGGGCAUGGAGACCGAACUGUACUCGGCCAAGGUGGAGAACGUCCUCGCCAGCCCCUGCUCCUCCACCGAGUCGGCGCUGCACAGUGCCAGCCGUUCACUGGAGGUGGCUGGUGGUCCCUGGCAAGGUGAGGCAGAAGCCGGAGGGGCCGGCCCCGGCUCCCCGGCCCCCCCCGGCACCCAGGGGCGGCUUCGGCCGGCCGUUGAGGGCGGCCGACACAGAGGAGGAGCGGCUGAGGAGGAGGAGGAGGAAGGCAAGUGCGAAGGGGAGGAGGGCGACCUCAUCACCGUAAAGGUAGAGGACGAUCUGUUCUCGGACGACGAGCAGGCCGAGGAGCCAGGGCCCCCGUUGGACGACGCCUUCCAGCAGCCAGAGCCCCAGCCAGCCGGCCACAUCGUCAUUUCCGACGAGGACGAGAUGCCGCCCGAGGAGGACGCCUACCCGGGCCAGGGGCUGUACUGCAGCGGACUGACGGCGGACGGCAAGUCAUACCCCGAGAUGGUCAGCCCCGGGCCGCUGGCCCUCUCGGCCAAACUGUACUUCCAAGACCUGCCUCCCCCGCCAGGGUCGGAGGACGAGCUGCCCACCUGCACGGCCUGCGGCAAGACCUUCUCGUGUACCUACAGUCUGAAGCGGCAUGCCCUGGUGCACACCCGGGAGAGGCCGCACAGCUGCCGCUUCUGCCUACGCCGCUACUCGCAGUCCGGCGACCUGUACCGCCACAUGCGCAAGUACCACAACACCCACGUCUCCUCGUCGCCCACCCCCAGCGCCAGCACCUCCACCAGGCAGGACAACACCAGCGGGAGCUGGAAGUGGAUGGACAAGCCCCCCUCGGAACAGUGGAAGUGAGCUCCCCUCUUCCCCCCCCGCCUGCGUUUUCGCAAGUGACAUUUGGACGAUUUUCCGUGUUACAGAGUUCUACAUUUGGAAAAAAAUCACACACAAAACAGAAAAAAAAAUCUUUUAAUAUAUGUUAUAUAUGCACUGGUCAUCCUGUAAAAUAAACCCAUUUUAAAUUAAAUUCAUUCCAGAGAGAAGUGAUGCAAGGUUGU